AUGGAGUUAAAGCUCAAGCUCAAAGCUGGUGCAAUUCCAACGAUAUUUCCGGAAACAGAGGCAUACAAAGCUUCAAAGAAAAGUCCACUAAAUCCCAACGACCUUGGACCAGGGAAGCACAACCGAGCGAAACUACAUCUUGCUGCUUUGCAUUCCGUGGCAAAUGCAAACCGCAAGCAGGCUGAGACCAGACAGGGGGAAAAAAGAUACAGACUCUCCUAUCCUACGUACAAGGCUGGACACCAUGUGGUUAAAGCAGUUAAAGAGAAUUGCACUUAUGACUAUGUUGAUGAAGUAAUGGCAGAGCUGCUUAGGAUGAAAGAGGAGUACAAGAGCGAUGCCAAUGCAAGGGCUGCCUCUGGCAACAUUCUGUUUUCACUGCCACCCCUGUCUUCAUCUGCAAACAGAAUCCUGAAGUCAGAGGCUGUGCAGAAGUGA